ACACUCAAUCGACUCUACCCAGAAUGCACCGCUCGCGUCUUAGCCUCUUAGCACAAGCUCUCUUUUACUGUAUCUGAGCUCAACACUUUGCCAUUUUCCGCGAACAGGCGCUUCUCUGAGGAGAAAUUGGGUCACAAAAUACUGAGAGAAACCCUCGACGCGUCUUCACGGUGUUCACCAGAGCCGCCGAUCCCCGCGCGUCGAUCUCCGCCCUCACCGCGUCGAGCGAGGCCAAUGCUGGUGUUCGGUCGGGCCGCUCGGGGGAAGCACUGGAGCUCGGGCCCGGGCUGAGGACAACCGAUCACCGAUCACACAGGCGCUGUUGGUCCGCGUGCUGAGAAUGAAGCGAGUGCACGAGGCGGACGAGAGGAGCGUGUCGGAGCUGUGCAAGCGGGUCCGCUGGGCCGGUUCUGAGGACGAGGCCGCGGUGGACUGGCGACUGCUCCCCGAGGAGAUCCUGCUGAUCGUCUUCCAGUACCUGCCUCUGCUGGACCGGGCCUGGGCCGCACAGGUGUGUCGCGGCUGGAACAACACCUUCCACACGCCGCAGCUCUGGAGGUGCUUCGAGUUCCAGCUCAACCAGCCGGCCAGCUCCUGCCUGAGGGCCACACACCCCGACCUCAUCAAGCAGAUCAUCACACGCCACUCCAACCACCUGCAGUACGUCAGCUUCAAGGUGGACAGCAGCACUGAAUCUGCAGAAGCCGCGUGUGAUAUCCUCUCUCAGCUCGUCAACUGCUCUCUGAAGACCCUCGGCCUCAUUUCCACCGCGAGACCCUCCUUCAUGGAGCUGCCCAAAUCUCACUUCAUCUCGGCGCUGACGGUGGUGUUCGUGAACUCGAAGUCUCUGGCGUCUCUGAAGAUCGAUGACACUCCGGUGGACGAUCCGUCACUCAAAGUGCUGGUGGCGAACAGCAGCGACACACUGAAGCUGCUGAAGAUGAGCAGCUGUCCACACGUGUCCCCCGCAGGAAUCCUGUGUGUGGCGGAUCAGUGUCACGGUCUGCGCGAGCUGGCGCUAAACUACCACCUGUUGAGCGACGAGCUCCUGCUAGCGCUGUCGUCGGAGCGGCACGUUCACCUGGAGCACCUGCGCAUCGACGUGGUGAGCGACACCCCGGGCCAGACCUUCCACUCCAUCAAGAAGAGCAGCUGGGACGCCAUGCUGCGCCACUCGCCCCAGUUCAACCUCGUCAUGUACUACUUCCUGUACGAGAACGAGUUCGGGCCGUUCUUCCGCGACGAGGUGCCGGUGACGCACCUGUACUUCGGCCGCUCGGUCAGCAAGGAGGUGCUGGGCCGCGUGGGGCUGACGUGCCCGCGGCUGGUGGAGCUGGUGGUGUGCGCUAACGGCCUGCGCCCGCUGGACGAGGAGCUGAUCCGCAUCGCUGAGCGCUGCCAACACCUGGCGGCCAUCGGCCUGGGCGAGUGCGAGGUCUCCUGCAGCGCCUUCGUGGAGUUCGUGAAGAUGUGCGGCAAGCGGCUCUCGCAGCUCUCCAUCAUGGAGGAGGUGCUGAUGCCCGACAACCAGUACGGGCUGGACGACAUCCACUGGGAAGUGUCCAAACACCUGGGGCGCGUCUGGUUCCCCGACAUGAUGCCCACCUGGUAGCCGGAGACGCUCGCUAGUAAUCGCGCUUAAACACUUCAUCAGGACAGCUGAGAUGAUGCGCUUCUCACACAGAAUACGGCAGUCAUGUGUUUAUUAGUCGUGUUUAAUGUGUGUGUGUGUGUGUGUGUGUGUAAGAGAGACUGUGGCGUUCAGAGGGAUGUGUGUGUGUGUGUGUGUGUGAGACGCCCUCUUGUGUUCAUAUGGAGCAUUUCCUCCCGAUCUUCACUGACGAGCUGCACAUAAAUUAAUCACUGCUUUGUGUCCACGAUUUGUCCGUCUGAAACACGUUCUGCAAAUCCUAAAGGUUUCCUCUGAUCCUCGGCUAUAAUCUGCAGUCGUCGAUCACAUGACCUCUGCCGAACCCCCGUCGGUGUGUGAGAUCGGACUCAGGCCCCGUCCACACUAAGAUUCAGAAUUAAAACGAAUACGAUCUCCGUCCACACCAGCGUUUUAUCUGCGUA